AUGGACAAGGAGGGCCGGGGGGAGUCCCCGAACCCAGGUGAGGGCAAUGCCGUGCCCCUGCGCGGCCACGCGUGUGCUCCCCGGGUGCACACGCGUGUCCGCUGCCGCCCCCGGGACUCGAACCUUUCUCUUUUCCUGGAUGCUUCAGAGACCUGCUGGCAGGACCCACCAUCUCUGGCAGCAGUGGAGGUGUCCUGGGACGUGACAGAGAUGGCAGCUCUGCAGAAAGCUGCAGAUGGUGACUCGGACUCCCCCCUGGAGGGGGACAGCGCAGAAGAGCUGGCUGUGCAGGACCCAGAGCUGGAGGCCAUCAAAGCCAGAGUGCGGGAGAUGGAGAAAGAGGAUGAGAGGCUGAAGGAGUUGCAGAUGAAAGCUGAAAGCCGCUUCAUCAUGAGCGCAGAGGCAGGUCCCUUCCUAAAGGCAACUGAGGAAAAGAUGGAGGUUGACCAGCGUUCCAUCUACGUGGGCAACGUGGAUUACGGGGGCACAGCAGAAGAGCUGGAAUCUCACUUCAACAGCUGUGGGCAGAUCAACCGAGUGACCAUCCUCUGCGACAAGUUCUCGGGGCAUCCCAAAGGGUACGCCUACAUCGAGUUUGAAGAGAAGAGCUCUGUGAGGGCUGCGGUGGAGCUGGAUGAGAGCGUGUUCAGAGGCCGUAUUAUUAAGGUGCUGCCCAAGAGGACCAACAUGCCAGGCAUCAGUACCACCGACCGUGGGGGCUACCGGGGCUGCUUCCAGGCCCGGGGAGGGCUGGCCCAACGGGGAGGCUACUACAGAGGGCAGCACCCAAGGGUGCGAGGGAGGAUGUACAGGGGUCGGGCAAGGCUGCUGCCUUGGUAUUUUCCAUACUAGAAAGGACUGGACUGCCCUGGUGAUGCCGAUGGGACUGAAAUGGGGAGACAGGACUGGAGAGACUUAAAAAUACGCCUACCCAAGCCAAAAAAAAAAAGAUUAAUUUUAAAAAUGCCAUCUGCCUGGCUGCAAGGAUUACUGGCGAGGCAGCCAUGUGCCAGUCUACGGGAGGGAAGACUGGAUCCACUCCACCCAUCAGCAAUCCCAGGAGGGUCUCACCUUCACCUUGCUUAGCGGUUUGAGUUUUCAUCAGGAACAGUCUCAUCCCCGGCCAUGCGAAGGGAAGAGCUCUCCCAGAUCACCAGGUCUCAUUCUCAUCCCAUAGCAAAGGGCUGUACCGGAGGGUUUGGCUUGGCUUCUAGAUGUCAAAAUGCUCUCCACUGCGCUGCGGGGGCGGACCUGUCCUGCUCCACCCAUGAAGCACCCUUUGCAAACUGUUUCUACAGGAGCUGCAUGCUGCUUUCUCUUGCUCUUAAAGAUCCUAAAGGCCUUUCCAAAGACUCUUUUUCUUCUCCAGAUCAGCAGAGAAGGUCUUGGGCUGCAGCUCUAGAUCUGACUGUUGGGGAGCUUUUCCUUCAACAGCCUUGUGGAUUAGUGACCUUCCUCUCAGGAAGAGGAUGGAGCCUAAUGAUCUGGCUUGGAUCUGUUUUUUUUAGCUCUCUGCUGCUGUUGUGCAUCUGACCACUACAGGAGGGAAGAAGCAUCCCUUGCUGUUUCUCUGGAAGCCUCUCUGUGGUGGUUAAACAAGACCUGGGUGUCAAAACUCUUUUAUUACAAAAGCCAUCAACCCUCUUUUCCCUGCUCCUGCUUGUGUUCUAAAGCUCCAAGGGUCAAAGGGUGCUGCCAACUUAGAUUUUACUUUCUUUCUUGCAGUAGCACUAUUUCAAAAUCAUCUCCAAAUUUAGUCUGAACCUUCUUCUUGACUCCCAUCACCUUUCCUCCUCUGGAUUCCCAUUUGGGGAUGGUGUAAGCCCAGCUAGAUUAGAGGGUCAGGACCAAAGUGCAUCCCAGGAGCUGGGUACUAGGGAACAAGCGCUGCCUGGCACUUCCCCUUCCUGCUGAUCCUUGUGUUUGUGUGAGCUCUGAAACUGCUUUUAGAGGAAAAACUCUGCUAAGAGAGGUAGGCUGUGAACACCAGCAGACUGUUACUGUGUGAAGUUCUGCACUGAAAUUGGUUUUAUUAUAUAAUUCUCACACUAAUCUUUCAGGAUCCUUAGUUAGGAUUCCUCUAACCCAGAUGCAACUGACUCCUAAAGCAGCUUUUCACAGCUCAGGGGGCAUUGCCAGGCUAAAAAUCCCACUGAAUUCCGUGCCCCCCGCCCCCUUAAGAUCACAAGAUUAUUUUUUUUUCAAGCUUGGGGACUUAACUCUUCAUGUUGCAUUGAUUUUUGCCCUUUGCCCAGUGUGGUCUGUGCUGCUGAGACCGGCCUUGAUCUGAGGUACCCUUAGGCCUAGACUACAAAACUGGCUUUUUCUAGGGCUUUAAACUUUCCAUUUAGUAGCUUUCUAAAUUCUUGAGACUUAAUUUUUAAUAAAAAAUACUUUGGGGUGUUUAGACUGUGUUGUGGAAGAGGAAAUGCUAAGCUCCUGUCUCUGGGAGUGAAAAAAAAGUGAAGAUUUUUUUAUAUGAAAAUGUUUUGGAAUAGCAGUGUACAGCUGUGCCUUGUUUAGAUGGUGGGAGAGGCUUGAACACUUUCAUCUCCCGUUAUUUGACAGGUUGUUGUUGAUUAAAUGUAUUUAAGUUCUGUUUGAGAAAGUAUUGUAAAUGUCACUUAUUUUUAAAAUAAACGAUCUUGCUGUGUGAACUUCAUCUGCAGUGAGAUGGUGCUGGCUGUGAGCUGACGCUCUACGCUGA